CUCCAUUCUUUUUGGAAAAAUUGUGUGUGAUGCACGUAUAGUUAAAAUCUACAUUUUUUUUAAAUAUAUUUUUUUAUGACUGAAUUCAGAGUUUGAAAUUUUAAAAAUCUAGAUUUUAGGCGCUAAAUUUUUCGUGUUUUACAAGAUGAGGGAAAUCGUCCACAUCCAAGCCGGGCAAUGCGGAAACCAGAUCGGAGCCAAGUUCUGGGAAGUAAUAUCGGACGAGCAUGGCAUCGACCCGACCGGUGCAUAUCAUGGAGACUCCGAUCUGCAGUUGGAGCGUAUCAACGUCUACUACAACGAGGCGUCUGGUGGAAAAUAUGUGCCUCGUGCGGUACUAGUAGACCUUGAGCCCGGCACCAUGGACUCCGUGCGUUCUGGACCUUUCGGCCAAAUAUUCCGUCCCGACAAUUUUGUUUUCGGACAAUCAGGUGCAGGUAAUAAUUGGGCUAAAGGCCACUAUACUGAAGGAGCAGAAUUGGUUGACUCUGUGCUAGAUGUUGUCCGGAAGGAGGCGGAAGGCUGUGAUUGUUUACAAGGGUUUCAGCUCACACAUUCAUUAGGUGGCGGUACUGGCUCAGGAAUGGGUACACUUUUGAUAUCAAAGAUAAGAGAAGAAUACCCCGACCGUAUUAUGAACACUUUCUCUGUGGUGCCCAGUCCAAAAGUAUCAGAUACUGUAGUUGAGCCUUACAAUGCGACACUAUCUGUUCAUCAGCUGGUUGAAAACACUGAUGAAACAUUUUGCAUAGAUAAUGAGGCUCUUUAUGAUAUUUGUUUUCGGACAUUGAAACUUACAACACCAACCUACGGGGAUUUGAAUCAUUUGGUAUCCGCAACCAUGUCUGGGGUUACUACUUGCCUCAGGUUUCCUGGACAAUUGAAUGCAGACUUGCGUAAGUUGGCUGUAAACAUGGUACCCUUUCCUAGACUGCACUUUUUCAUGCCUGGUUUCGCGCCAUUGACAUCGCGUGGAAGCCAGCAAUAUAGAGCACUGUCAGUACCAGAGCUGACGCAGCAAAUGUUCGACGCUAAGAAUAUGAUGGCGGCGUGUGAUCCGCGACAUGGUCGCUACCUCACCGUGGCUGCAAUCUUCCGAGGGCGCAUGUCCAUGAAGGAAGUGGACGAACAAAUGCUCAAUAUCCAAAAUAAGAAUAGCACCUACUUCGUCGAAUGGAUUCCCAACAACGUAAAGACUGCUGUUUGCGACAUACCACCUCGCGGUCUCAAAAUGUCUGCCACCUUCAUCGGAAACACAACUGCUAUUCAGGAGCUAUUUAAGAGGAUUUCUGAACAAUUUAGCGCUAUGUUCAGACGUAAAGCUUUUCUGCAUUGGUAUACGGGUGAAGGUAUGGAUGAGAUGGAAUUCACGGAGGCCGAAAGCAAUAUGAAUGAUCUGGUGUCAGAAUACCAACAGUACCAGGAUGCUACAGCUGAUGACGAAGGGGAAUUCGAGGAAGAGGAAGAAGCAUAAAAUUUAUUGCUGUCCAAUGUUGUGUAUGUCUUUUGUGUAACGUGUCUAGUGAUAGGUAUAAAUAUUUUUCAUUGUAAUUUUUGAUAUAAAUAAAAAAAUAACUUUA